AAGGUGAUAUAUAUAUAUUAUAAGAGUAGUAAAUAAUAUAACUUGCGGCAAGAAGAGAGGUUUCGAUAAGGCAAAGAAUGAAGCUUUCGAUGAAACUUUUGGUCGCCAAAAUGAUAUCUAAAGCUCGUCAUCGACGCCCAAAACAGAGGAGACUGAGAAAGCGUACUGAAAUUUCAAGGGAAGAUUCCAUGGGGUGUUUGCCAGAAGAACUGAUCCUAGCUAUUCUUGUAAGGGUUCCAGUUAAAUACCUCUUACAGUUCAAAUGUGUUUCCAAAAAUUGGUUUAAUUUGAUAUCUAGCCCUGAAUUUGUGAAAACUCAUCUUGGUUUUUCUGCUAACGAUUACACCCGCCAUAUGUCUCUGUUACAAUAUAAUGCACUAUCGACGGAGAUUAAAUAUUGUUAUGUUACUAGUUUAUUUCAUGAACCUGUUAUUGAGGCGCUUGAUUUGUAUUGUCCCAUGAAAAAUACACCUCAAAGUGUUCAAAUUUCGGGUUCUGUUAAUGGUUUGGUUUGUCUUUCUGAUGGGUUUGGUAGGUUGGUGCUAUGGAAUCCAUCAAUUAGAAAGUUCAAGAAUGUGUUUGGAUUUCUGCCUACACAGAUGGGUUCCGCCUGGUUCAAGAGUGGUUUUGGAUAUGAUGAGGUCCAUGAUGACUAUAAGGUAGUGGGUAUUUUUAGUAACAUGGUUAAGGCCUAUUUCGAGGCUGUCAUAUAUAGUUUAAAAAGGGAUUCUUGCACAACACUUGAAGAUUUUAAACCUGGGGUGAGUUACUGUGGUGAUGCUAAAUUUGUGCAUCGUAAACUUCAUUGGAUUACUUAUCGUAGACGUGGUUGGGGCAUCUCGUGUAUUGAUUUGGUUGAAGAGAAAUGGGGAAAGUUGGAGCUGCCUAGCCACAACGAAGAACAAGAAUUGAAGCUUGGAGUGUUGCAAGGUGAUCUUUCGUUCCUCUCUAGUAAUGAUGAGAGAAAUCACUCUGAUGUGUGGGUAAUGAAGGAAUAUGGAGUUAAAGCGUCUUGGACAAAACUGUAUACCAUCAGGUAUCCCGAGAACUAUAAGCUAGUGACGCCCCUUUUCACGUAUAGUAAAGGUAAAAUUCUACUCGCGUUUAAAUCAUCUUUGGCGAUAUAUGAUCCAAAGAACGACUCGAUCACAUAUCCAACGGUUACUAAUGUUGAGCUUACUGACUCUAUCACACAUGCAGAGUAUAAUAUUGACGUUACUAGUUAUUACAGCAUUAUUGAGGCAGAAAUCUGCAUUGAAAGCCUAGUUUGUCCGGAUUUACCAAACAAAUAUUGAAAGAUGUCAGAGCUCCUGUCGUAAUAGUUAACAACUUGUUGUUGUAGAAUCAUACAUGUGUUCAGGGGAACAUAUAUACUUGCUACUCAUGGUUUAGCAACUACAUAGGAGAAGUGGAUGCAAGCUUUCGGCCAAAUGGUCUACUUUACCUCAAUUCACCAUUUCGAACCUUAUACAAAAGAUUUUUCCAUACUGUGAAGUAAGAUUAUAUCAUUGCAGGUUGUAAAAACUGUAUGAUGCUACUUAAUUUUGUUGAAAGAAGCAAGAAACGCUCAUAAAUUGAACUUGUUAGUUGGAAUACAAUCAUACAAGUUUAUGCUCU